UGUGUAGUGGAUGGGGGGAUCUUCGUCGUUGCAUUUCACGCAAAUCUUAAGGGAAAACAACGAAAUAAACAACCUAUCAACUUGUUGUUGCACCUUCGCCAAAACAAUUAAAAAUAAUUUUUUGCAUAUAUUUGGUAUUAUUUGGUAGAAUAAAAAUACGCAAAAGUUCAGUUAUAUGCUGGAGAGCCAUGAACCGAAGAUCUGCACGAGGCAAAGCCUACAAAAAGACCACCAACAAGCAAUAUAAUGUAAUGAUACGUGAAAUCGGACAUCAUCUCUCAGAUCCUCACAAAAGUAAAGGAGAGCAUUUCCUGUUUUGGUGUGAGUUGAGAGAUAAAUUAAAUGGGUUGGGACCACCAACACGCAACAUAACCGAAUGGAAAAAGGUUUGGAAUGAUUGUCAACGUAGCCGCAAACGUCGUGAACUUUUACGUUUGUCCAUCAAAGAACCAAAGCAAGAGCCUCUAGAUACAGAUGAUAACGAUGGCUAUGGACAAGAUACCAUGACACUAGAGGACGAAAUGGAGGAAUAUCAAAAUGAAUCUUCACAACAUUCCUAUACCGAUGCUGAACUAAAUAUGGAUGAUUCGGUGACAUCAUUUUCAAUAUACACACAAUCGAAUAAUACAAACGAACAAAGUAAUCAAGAAAAUCAACCUUUACCAUUGUCGCAGCUCAAGGAGUUGCCUUUACCGCCUCUCUACAGAUGUCCACCUACAUUAACAUACACUGUGACAACUAAACCUCAAACGCCACAUAGGCAAAAUCCAUCACAAACUCAACUACCUCCUCAGCCAAGGCCUUUUAAUAAUUUUGUUUUGUCAGCCCCCAGAACUAAUGCCAGCGAGACCAAUUUCAAUCAAGAUAUUCUAAAUAUUUUAAAACUUCAAAUGUCUCAACAAACUAAACUGCUGGAGCAUAUAUCACAAGUCUCAAAUAACAUGAACCAGCUUAUGGAGCGCCAGGUGGCAGCCAUUGAGAGGCAGACUGUGGCUGUACGCCGCCAGGCCAUUGCUAUGGAGCAUCAUACUUUGGUUAUGAAUUCCUUUGUCGAUAUGAUACGUGAUAAAAUGCCCAAAAAUUCCAAAACCAAUAGUCAAAAAUGACGAUGAUUGGAAAACAGAACCAGUCGUACUUGGUUUGGUAUAUUUUUUUUGUAUUGAAGACUUUCUAAGUGCUUUGUUUACCAUUGACUGGUGACAUUGUUAUAAACAUUAAAUGUAUUUAGAUGUAGUUUAAAUAUUUAUUACUUGCUAAGAACCUUAAAAACGAAGACAUUCCAGCAAAUAACGGUUGCAAGUUGAGUUGCAAGUUUUGUUUUAAAUUUUUGAACUUCCCUUUUCUUUCCUUCUAAUUUAGAAUUAUUUUAAUUAUCUAAAUUUUUGUUAAUUUAUUUGCUUUUGCAUAGGGAAAUUUCUCAGAAGUACAAUUCCGUGUAUUCUGUAUUUCAGGAAACUGCUGAAGACUAGGGAUCAUAGACUUUUUUGAAAUAUUUUGUAUUCCAUUGACUGGUGAAACUGUUCUAAGCUGUUAUACAUAAAUCUAGACUUAAAUUUCUACUUAAUUUGUGGCCUCGAUAUUAUUAAUAUUUAUAUAGUAGUUAGUUUUGAUAAUGUUUUAUACAUAG